CCGCUCCGCCCCAGAGCAGAGGGCGACACCCCCAAGCCUGUUGGACCGUGGGACUUGCGCCGCUUUCGCCCAAGUAGUGUGCCCCAAAACUCGUUAGCCAUGGCGGCGGCGGAGGCGGGGGUCCUUUUCCACAGAGCCCGGGACAGGACCCUGGACGCGUUCUCUUCAGAGGCGGAAAGGGAGUGGAAAGGCCCGUUCUACUUCAUCCAGGGUGCAGACCCGCAGUUCGGCUUGAUGAAGGCCUGGGCUUCCAAGGACUGCGACCACGGUGGGGACGAGUGGGGACAGGAGAUCCGUCUGACAGAACAGGCCGUCCAGGCCGUCAACAAGCUGGAGCCCAAGCCCAGGUUCUUUGUUCUGUGUGGGGACCUCGUUCAUGCCAUGCCAGGCACACGCUGGCGGAAAGAGCAGACAGAGGACUUGCAGCGGGUGCUCGCGGCGGUGGACAGCGACAUCCCGCUGGUGCUGGUCAGCGGCAACCAUGACGUCGGCAACGAGCCCACGGCCGAGAGCGUGGAAGAGUUCCGGCGGACCUGGGGCGACGACUAUUUCAGCUUCUGGGUGGGCGGCGUGCUGUUCCUGACGCUCAACUCGCAGCUGCUGGCAGACGCCUCGCGCUGCCCGGGCCUGCGGGCCGCCCAGGACGAAUGGCUGGAGGGGCAGCUGCGCCAGGCCGGGCAGCGGCAGUGCCGUCACGCCGUGGUCUUCCAGCACAUCCCGCUGUUCCUGCAGAGCAUCGACGAGGACGACGACUACUUCAACCUGGCCCGCGACGUGCGCAGGGACCUGGCCGACAGGUUCACCAGGGCAGGCAUCAAGGCCGUGUUCUCGGGCCACUAUCACCGCAACGCCGGGGGCAGCUACGGGGACCUGGAGAUGGUGGUGUCCUCGGCCAUCGGCUGCCAGCUGGGCCAGGACACCCACGGGCUCCGAGUGGUGGUGGUGACCGCCGAUGCCAUCGUCCACCGCUACUACAGCCUCGAUGAGCUGAGCAAGCAGGGCAUCGGAGAGGACCUGCUGGCCUUGUUGAAGGACAAGUGACCACUGGGAGGACAGCUCCCAACCCCCUCCCCAUGGAGAUCAUGGCAGACAGACAGGUGGACAUGCAGCUUGUGGCUGCAGGCACAGGGCCAAGCUUGGAGCCACCCUGAACUCUCUCCAAACACAACUGCCCUCCCUGAUAAAUAAUAAUAAUAAUAAAGGUGGGGAGCCUGGAAAUAAAUAAAAGAGUGUCAGUUGGCUUUC